AAAAGCCGCUCCUAAAAUGCAAGAAUAAGGCAUUUACAUCAGGAAUCUUUUAAAGACUCCCAUUGUUUCUCCUAUGUCAAGACCCAAUCCCCAUUUUUACCCGACUUGUUGUUGACCAAACUCCCCAACCUAUUUAAACACUUCUAAUCUAAAUCUAAAUCUGAAGAGAAGUAUAAUUCAUAUCAAUCUCAUUCACUUUCCAAAAAAAUCAUCAAAAUCUAGGGUUCGUUCGUGAUUUGUUCGAUUGGACAAGUUAGGGUUUUAAUUAAGCGAGAGUUUUCACUACGAUUGAAAAAGAAAUUAGGGUUUAAUUGUAUUGGUCAAGAUGGCGGGUGAAGUAGAAGAAGAGACGGAAUACGAGAGUGAUCCAGAAGAAGCCAAAAUUUCAUUAAAGAUGCGAAGGAGAGAAGCCAGCGACGACGAAGAUUUCGAGGAGGAGAGAAGAUCACCAACUUCUAGGCCUGGAAUCGUUGAUUCUGAGGCUGAAUCCGAUGGUCAAGGUGCAGCAGCGGAGUACGAUGAUGAACAAGAUCAAGAUGAAGAUGACGAAGAGUAUUAUGAUGAGCAAGAGGUGUACGAGGAAAAGCAAAGAGUAGUCAGUAACGGUCAAUAUGAGGAGGAGGAAAAAGAAGUUAGUGUCGUUGCCAAUGGUGAAGGCAAGGUCUUGGAGGCAAAAUCGGUGGGAGGAGAGGAUGAAGGCCGGGAUGCUUUAGAGGAAGAUGAAGGUGAAGAUGAAGGUGAGGAAGAAAAGAAGGAGAAUGAACCGUUUGCUGUUCCAACUUCUGGUGCAUUCUAUAUGCAUGAUGAUCGGUUCAAAGAUAGUAAUGUUCGUGGUAAACACAGGAGAACUUUUGGCGGUAGAAAAGUGUGGGAAUCUAAAGAUGAUAGGAAGUGGGGGCAUGAUAAGUUUGAGGAACUGGACAUGGAGGACAGGCAUCGUGAUGAGGGAAGGAGGUCUUCUAAAGGAUUAUAUCGAGGUCGAGGGAGAGCUAGAGGUGGAGUAAGUGGAUAUGCUCGAGCGACCAAGGUGAGUGGAUAUGGUGAUAAUAACAGUCAGAGUGCUCCACCUAAGGAUGUGCGAGGCAGAGGACCUAGAGUAUAUCAAACUUCAAUGAAAAAAAGGAGUGAAACACUCCCACAUCAUAACAGACGAUCAGCAAAGUCACUAGACAAAAAUUCACCUUCAAGAUCUGGCAGAGUUGCUGCAACCGCUAUCCAAAAUUUGGAGCAUGAACUAGUUACUGUUAAGAAAGUUGCUUCCAGUUUAAGCUCUGCUUCUCCUCCUUUUUAUCCAUCGGGUUCAUCCAAUAAGGACAAUGUUUCCUUGACACAAAAAAAGGAACUACAAGCUAGUAAUCACAACAGGAACAUACGCUCUUCUGCAGUGGAACAUACAUUUUCUAUGCAGCAUACAACUUCUUUGAUGCGAGGGAAGAAUGUUAUUGAGGCUAUGGGUAUGGACCAAUUGCACAUUGAUGAUUAUGUUUCUCCAGUCAGUGAAAAGUCAUCAAGUGAUGUUCACUUCCCGUCUUCUGCUCCUUUAUCUGCGGGUGCUAUUCAGAUGACUCAAUCUAAACCACAUGGAAGGGGUGUACCUCCAUCUGGAUCUGCUGUACUCCAAUCUUCUCAAUCAAAUAACCAAUUGAACAAAAUUUCAUCAUCAGCAGCUCAAGCUUCCCAGAGAAUUCCUGUUCAAAUCCAAGGUCAUUUGCAGGCUCCUGGUCAAGAACUCGACCGCUCUCAAACUUCUUCCUCACCAAAAGCAGGCAAAGGAAGUUCCCAAGGAAUUGGGAGGGGUGCGCUCGUUUACGGUGGUGCACAAGUUAUGGCGCCAGGUGGAAAUGUUGGUGCUGGUCAUGGUGAUGCAAACCUUCCAGCUUUCCUCCCAGUUAUGCAAUUUGGGGGCCAACAACCUGGUGGAAUUCCUGCUGUUGGAAUGGCAUUUCCUGGUUAUGUUGCUCAGCCAAACGGUCUUGGAAAUUCUGAAAUGACAUGGUUACCAGUACUAGCAAGUGCUGCAGGUGCUUUGGGAGCUUCAUAUUGUCCACCCUAUAUUGCUGUUGAUGGUCCUUAUAGUUCUUGUUCUACAGGGCAAACAUCUGCCCUGCCUGCCCCAAGCAAGGAUAAUAAUCUCAGUAAAGUUGAUAAUGAAUUGAAGACUCCGCUAAGAUUUGAUGUGGCAAAUGACGUGUCAAGUCAAAGACAAAAUAAGCCUCGCAGAUACUCGGCGAUGAAUUUUAGCCAGUGAAGUACAUAUUAAAUUUUCUGGCUGUUCAAUAAGAUUACGGAAAUUGUUCCUUGAAAGUGAAGUAGGUCAUGGUUUGCGUAAGAACUCUGGAUUAUCCUCAUCAUAGGGCUCCCUCAAUAACACCACUGUGUUCUUGCACCCCUGUGCAAGACUACACUGGGCCCUUCUGUUUCUCAGAGAUGUUUGUUUUAUGGUAUGCAUUUGCUCAAGCUGCUUUCAGUUUAGGAAGAUUAUAGCCGUCUAAAGAGUUGGCUUGUCGCUUUCUGUUUGAUAUGUGGUUUUUCUGGUGGCUUGGUUUUCAUGAAGCUCGUUCAGUAGAAGGCUUUUUCGAGGACAUAUUUGCUGAUGUCAAAAAGCCUAACGUAAUGUGCAAUAUGCAUGUUCUGUAUACGUGUCGUGACUAUUUUUUUUUUCUUCGUAUUCAUCAUGUUGGUUAAUUUGCCUAUUUUGUUGGUGUUCUUUUCUACGUUGUGUUCUAUGAUUUUUUUUUGAAUUUUAAUCAUCAUUCAGCCAUUAUUCGUGACCGUUGAGGAGUCAA